AUGGAAAUCCCCGCAAAACUCCCCUUCUCUAAGCGGCGGCUCCGACCGCGCAUUGUUAUCUCCUACAUCUUUGACUAUGUGAUCAUUAUCGCCUGUGCUAUCGCCUUUUCGAUUCUCAACACGAUCGAGCCCUUCCACCAACACUUCUCCCUCAACAACAUCUCCAUCCAAUAUCCUUAUGCCGUACAUGAACGUAUCCCCAUGGCCUACGCCCUCUGCAUCUCCGCUGCUUUCCCACUUGCCCUCAUUAUCCUUUACACUUUGUUCAUCGAUGGCUUGUUUUCGCACCAUAAGCCACAGAUUGCGGCGUCUGGAAAGCGGAAGCUGACGGGUCCAUAUCGGUGGAAGGACAGACUUUGGGAGCUCAAUUGUGGUAUUUUGGGCCUUCUGCUGGCUCAGGGACUCGCUUUCGUCAUUACACAGGCGCUGAAGACAGCAUGUGGCAAGCCGAGACCCGAUCUCAUCGAUCGCUGUCAACCGCGUGCUGGUAGCAAAGACCUUUUCCCAGGAUUGUCGAACUCAACAAUUUGUACAGGUGAUCCUAAGAUAUUGACAGAUGGAUUUCGGUCGUGGCCCUCCGGCCACAGUAGCUCCUCCUUCGCCGGUCUCGUUUACACAUCGCUCUGGUUAGGCGGGAAGUUGCACGUUAUGGACAAUCGUGGCGAGGCCUGGAAGGCCCUGCUCGUCAUGGUUCCUCUACUGGCAGCAAGCCUCGUGGCCGUAUCGCGUAUCAUGGAUGCGCGCCAUCACCCCUUCGACGUGAUUACAGGAUCGAUGCUUGGGGUCGUCUGCGGGUUUGUCGCAUAUCGCCAGUAUUUCCCACCGCUCACCGAACCCUGGCGCAAGGGCCGCGCAUACCCAAUCCGAACCUGGGGGACCGAACCUGUGGGACCUGAUUCCGUUCGAUUUAUCGACUCCAGAGGCGACAGCUCGACUGCUCUCCGCAACCACGAAGAAGAGCGCAUGGGCCCGCCAGAUAUCCCCAGCUCGGAACAUAUCAGAUCCGACGUCUCUACCUAUCGUCAACCCUCCAACCCAUAUACAUCCAAUAUGUACAAUCGCCGCCCGCACGACCAUGACGCCGAUGGCGGUGCUUGGUCGUCGAGCGAGGACGAUGUUACCAACGGGUAUGAGAUGCGACAUGGUCAUACUAUGGGACAAAAUCCCGGUGCCGGUCACCAUGCGCCUCAAUAUGACCCCAGUAAUGCGUAUGUGUCCCAGACACAGCCGCUGACGGCUGACCCGGGAAUAUAUGCUCCUGAGGCGAUGGCAGGUCCGGGACGUCCGUUGACGGACAUCCCCGGUCGGACCUUGUAA